AUGGUUAUUGACGAAUGCUGGGAAAGGCCUUGGAUGAGGUUUCGAUCGAGAACUCCUAGGAGGCGACCGUUGCAUGCGAUCCAGGAUCCUCUUGGAAAUGGGUUCACAGCUGUUCGCAUCCAGCCGGCUAACGACUUCCACGGUUGUUGUUCAAUGGGAAAGACGAAGGACAGCAGCGUGACGGCAACUAUCCAGGGCAGGCAAGCGAAUCUGUCUUCUGCGCAUGACGAUGGGCCUCAUGGGAGCCCACAGCGGCACAUUCACAGAGACGGAGGGUCAGCGGACGAAGUCGGUCUGGGCGGACAGAUGCAGCUCGAGUUCGGCCGUUAUGCGACGUACGUCGAUGUCGCCUUUGGGCUUACGAGGCACUGGACCCUAAACAAGCUCCAGUCGCUGGCGGUAUUAAUACCAGCAGCUUUCCUUGACGACCGCGGCACGCGGCUGCAGGAAGAGGGGGGCUGGCAGCACUUCCAGUACGUUGGCGGCGAGGGCGGCACGGGGAAAUCUCGCGUCAUCCACGCAAUCCACGACAUGUUCCGGCUGAAGGACGGUCUCCAUACCCUGCUCCUGACGGGCGCCAGCGGCAACGCGGCCGCGCUGAUCGGCGGGGUGACGCUGCACUCGGCGACCAACAUUGGAUUCGAGGGCAAGAACGAGGUUGCAAGGAACAUAUCGGAAGAAGAAAAGCUGCGUUGGAAAAUAUGGUCAUGUUGA